UACUAAGGAGGAGAGAGCGCGAGAGAGAGCGGGAACACAAGCAAGUGACAGAAAUGGUGUGUGUGUUAGAGAGCACUAGUGUGUAUCUGACUCUCGGAGGGUGUGUUGUUGCUUGAGUUUUCCUCUGAGAGGGCUGAGAGGCUCUCUCACUGUCUGUCUUUUGGCUCUCCGUUCGGCUACAAGCUGCAGACUGGACCAACCAUUAAGCCUGGGGAACGCUCACGCUGCACACACUCGUAGGCACACACACACACACCACUGGGGUGUCAGCCCUGCCGGCCGGUGAUGAGAGGGAGGAUACAGUCGUUUUGACAUAAAGGGGGAACUGCCUUUGAGCUGAGACAUGAGGUUACUCCCCUGCACUCCACAGUUCUUUCAUCCCACAACGUCAGCCUCUUCCGCCUUCUGGAGGAUAGAAACCGAGCCCUAAAGCUUGAGGUGGCUACCCUUCGCCAGGAGAAACAGCAGUACAGAACACUGAAAACUAAGCUCCAGGAUGCAUUGCAGGAGAAAAAUCGCCUGAACCUUGAGUUGUCCAGCCACAGCCUGAAGGUAUCCAAGUAUGACCAGGUAAGAUCAGAAUAUGAGCAACUUAGACACACCUAUAGCACUGUGAGUCAGGAGAGAGACUUGGCUCAAGAGGAGAGGAAACAGCUCCAAGGCAAACUGGAGAACCUCGAGCAGGUCCUCAAGCAUAUGCGAGAGGCUGCAGAGAGGAGGCAGCAGUUGGAAGAGGAGCAUGAGCAGGCCCUGGCUGUCCUCACCACCAAGCAGCAGGAGAUUCACCUUCUGCAGAGGGCUCAGGUUAAAGCUGAGAAAGAGCAUGAGGGAGCGGUCCACCUGUUAGAGGUCAAGGUUCGCGACCUGGAGCUGAAAUGCAGGUCACAGACUGAACAGUUUGGCCAGCUGUCCAAGGACCUGGAGGAUUUCCGUUUGGAGGCGGAUACUGUAGACAUCCUCAGCACUGAGCCUUUCUCCAAACACGACGUUCCCUUUCACCCGGAAAAUAAACUCUCCCAAAUCCUCAACGGACUGGCAGCCCAGGCAGGGAAAGGCGAUGAGGGCUCGGCAAACACUCGGCUGAUAUCCAAGUUCCUCCGCCCACUGCAGAUCGGAGACAGAGACAGGCCGGAGCUGCUGUUUGUCAAUCCCUCCGCCGUGACAACGAGCUGCCCCAGCAGCCCGCGACGGGCGACUCCCUCAGAGAUGGAGGAUGAGAUCCGUCGUGCACCCAGGUCCAAGCCUCGCUACACUGGCGCAGUCCGUCUAUGCACCGCCCGCUACAGUUACAACCCUUAUGAUGGACCUAAUGAGCACCCAGAGGCAGAGCUCCCCCUGGUGGCUGGGAAGUACCUGUAUGUGUACGGCACGAUGGAUGACGACGGCUUCUACGAAGGGGAGCUGCUGGAUGGCCAGCGAGGACUGGUCCCCUCCAACUUUGUGGAGUUUGUACAAGACAAGGAGAAACCAUCCAUCCAGCCAGGGGACACAGGGGAGGACCUGGGCUCUCUGGACAAUACCUCCCUUGGCCUAAUGGGGGCCGAUGGAGGGCCCCCUCAGGAUGGGCUACUGGGCUCCACCAACCCACUGGGCCCCUGCAGCAACGGCACAGGCCCCCUGGACCCUGAGGAUCUGUCUGAUGACAUUGUGCCUUACCCCCGGAGGAUCACCCUAAUCAAGCAGUUGGCCCGUAGCGUCAUUGUGGCCUGGGAGCCCCCCAUGGUGACCAUGGGCUGGGGAAACAUCAGCUGCUACAACGUGCUGGUGGAUGGCGAGGUGCGUGCCAGCGUGCCCUACGGGGGCAGGACCAAGUCUUUGUUGGAGAAGCUGGAUCUGGACACGUAUACGCACCGCGUGUCCGUGCAGAGUGUGACAGACAGGGGACUGUCGGACGAGCUACGCUGCACCCUGAUGGUGGGAGCCAACGUGGUGGUGGCGCCGUACGGCCUGCGUGUGGACGACAUCCUGCGCGACUCGGCCGAGCUCUCCUGGUUGCCCAGCAACAGUAACUAUGGGCACACGGUGUUCCUGGAUGGGGCGGAGCAUGCGGUGGUGCGGCCGGGGAGGUACAGGCUGCGCUUCGUCAACCUCAAGGCCAUGACGGUGUACAAGGUGAGGGUGGUGGCCCGGCCACACCAGGUGCCAUGGCAACUGCUCAUGGAGCAGAGGGAGAAGAAGGAGACUGCUGUGGAGUUCUGCACACAAGCUGCUGGCCCCCCAUUACCCCCUCAGGAGGUGCAGGUGCAGUGUGGCCAGGCCCCAGGGGUCCUGCAGGUGCGCUGGAAGCCCCCUGUCCUCUCACCCACCGGAACCUCCAAUGGAGCCAGCGUCAUCGGAUAUGCAGUCUGCACUAAAGGACAGAGGAUAGCGGAGGUGUUAUACCCCCUGGCUGACUAUGUAACAGUGGAGCUGAACAGGAUCCAGUGUCUGGAGGCCAGGGAGGUCAUCGUCAGGACGUUGUCAGCACAGGGAGAGUCCCAGGACUCCCAAGUCGCCCCCAUUCCAAACAACCUACUGGUGCCUCUUCCUCACAAUGCCCCCCUGCCCCCUCCGCACCUACACGCAGGGCCCCCUCCACCUCACCCCCAUGCCCCCCCACCCCACCUCCAGUCACCUCACCUCCCCCACCCCCAACUACCCAUGCCUCACCCCCAGCCUCUCUCACCCCUGCCUCACACACAACCCCUCCCUAACCACCCUCCUCACCCUCAACCCCAGCCACACCUCCAACCCCUGCAACCUCAUCCUGUCUCCCAGCCCCAGACUCACCAACAGCCUCACCCCCCUCACCCUGGUGGUCCUCCACAGCCACUGCACCUCCAGCCUCACCCACCUCACCCAAUGCCCCAGCACCGCCUACCCCUGCUGCCUCAUCCCCCCCCCCAGCUCCACCAGAGACCAGUAAGUGCCAGAGACCUGGAAGCCAAAGAGCUGGUGGUCCAGCAUGGGGGCGUCCCAAGCCAGCCCUGGGACCCUACCCGCUCCCCCUCCGCCCAGCCUCCUCCUGCCCCCAUGUACGGGCACACCCUGGAGGCGCCCCUUUCUGCCAACCACCGCUCGCCCUCCCCCCAGAGGAUCCUGCCCCAGCCCAGGGGCACCCCCAUCCCAGACCAAAUGGCCAAAGCCAUCGCCCGCAAGGCAGCACAGAGGGUGGCUGCAGAGAGUGGCAGAAUGGAGAGGAGAGUCAUCUACAAUGAGCAGUGUCAGGCCUUCCACCAACAGAACUCAGACGAGGAGGAGGAGGAGGAUGAGGAAGGGAAAGGUCGAAGCCGCAGGAGACAGGGGGCCUCAGUGGAUGAGUUUCUCAGAGGGUCCGAGCUGGGCAGGCCGGCCCACUACAGCCACAGUGAGGAGUACCACAGUGACAGCAGCCGGGGCUCUGACCUUUCUGACAUCAUGGAGGAGGAUGAGGAGGAGCUCUACUCUGAGAUGCAGCUGGAGGAGGGACGACGACGCAACUCCCACAAUGCACUCAAGAUUGGGAACACCCUCUCCGGGGGUCGGCUGGAUCGGGAGACGGGGAGAAGAAUGCCCCGAGACGGUCCACAGCCCCAGAGACGCCCUCUCAUGGUGCCCUCCAUUGGUCAGAUCACCUCUGUGUCUUUGAACCAUGUUCAUGCCUUCCCAUUGGUGUUUCCUGUAGAGAUAACCACAGAGAGUAACAGUGAUGGGAACCUCUCAUCCGUCACGGAGGAUGUUUACUAUGGCAGUGUAGCACGGCACAGGACAUGGUCGUCCCGCCGACACUCCACGGGCUCCAAGCCUUCCUAUAAUGAGGGAUACAGGGACCGGGAACGCCGCUCCCCUCCUAACUACGAUGAGUCGGAACCAGAGGAAUCCUUCCGGAUCUUUGUGGCUCUGUUUGACUACGACCCCCUGUCCAUGUCUCCCAACCCGGACGCAGCAGAUGAGGAACUGCCCUUCAAAGAGGGCCAGAUCAUUAGGGUAUAUGGUGAUAAGGACACAGAUGGUUUCUACCGAGGGGAGAUCAGGGGAGGCAGGAUGGGGCUCUUGCCCUGCAACAUGGUGUCAGAGAUCAGGGCUGAGGACGAGGAGACCAUGGACCAGCUCAUCAAGCAGGGCUUCCUCCCGCUCAACACACCAGUGGAUAAAGUAGGAAUAGGGCAGGACAGACGAGGCUUCCGCCAGCACCAGGCCACCAGGAGGAUGGUGGCCCUCUACGACUAUGACCCCAGAGAGAGCUCCCCCAAUGUGGACGUGGAGGCUGAGCUGACCUUCUGUGCUGGUGACAUCAUCUCUGUAUUUGGAGAGAUUGAUGAAGACGGGUUCUACUAUGGUGAAAUCAAUGGCCACCGCGGCCUCGUCCCCUCUAAUUUUCUAGAAGAAGUGCCUGACGACGUGGAGGUGUACCUGACGGACACGCCUUCUCGCUAUGCCCAGGACGAGCCCGCCAACCGGGCCGAGGCCAAAAGGGUAGCCAUGGAUACCACAGAGAGUACGGCCCCGCCUGUCCGAGCAGCGUCCCCCACAGUGCGUCCCCUGUGUCCUCCAGGCACCAUGCGGCCCAUCAGCCCCGCCAGGGGCCCCAGGGACCCCCGGGACAACAAAAAGAAAAAGGGACUGCUUUCCAAGGGGAAGAAACUGCUCAAGAGAAUCUCUCCGGUAAAAUAAACUGUCCCCAGCUGACCCCAGAAAAGAUGCUGGGCCCAGUAUUGUAAAUUGCAUACAGUACACACAAUCAAAUCAGCCGAAUCUACAGCACACAACUACCGUGGCUACGUGUUCGUAUGUAUUACAGGACAAUAUAUGUGAGCCUAAUCUAAUAUAGUCAGCGAAACAACAUUCAUGUUCUAGUGAUGAAUACACAUAUUUACGUACAUGUACUCAGUGCCAAAUUCAAUGAGAACUUUGCUCACAUACUGUAUAACUGUGAUAUAUUUGAGGUGGAGGAAAAAAUAGGAGUAUAAACUAGGACUUUCAUUACAUUUUACCACGGUUUUCUUUAAUCAAAUGGUUAUUAAGGGACUUUGGAAAUCAGGACAAUGCUGAUAAUGCAUUUGUGUGCAUUUGUUACAAGUAGGGUAACAACAGAGUAGCCUAUUUUUUUGUGUUACAACCUGAGCUGGUUUCCAUGGCAAUUGUGCCAAUAUAAGGUCUCUAAAAUACAUGGCGUGGCAAAAACAAGUUGUUGUGAUAGUCAGAUGUCAAUACUAGGAGACAGACCAUACUCCUGGAACACUAGAGCAACAACUCAACUACACUGUUAUUGAUGGCAUUCUGUCAGUAAUGCUGGCUGCUAAUACAGAGGCUUUAUUCAGUGCAAUACAUCACAACCAUGAGGGUGACAAAGGGUUGAAUCACUCACAGAACCUAGAAGUCUGCAGGGUGCACAGAGCAUUACAGACAGGAGAGCAAGCUACAUUGGGUAAGACGUUUGAACCAUCUCAGUGGCCUUUAUGAAAACAAUAUGAGCAUGACAUUCCUCGUUUUCUAUGGUUGAACAAGGUUGUUUUUAAACUACCACUAGUCUGCCAAGAACCCCUGCUGCAUCUCUGCAGCUUUGUUUGAUCAAAAAAGACAGUUAAAAAGAACCUUCUGUGUUUGCCUUUCAAUUGCACAAAGGGGUAUGUUUUGUCUGAUGAAUGGAAAAGCAUUGUGUGUGUGGGUGUAGGUGCAGGCUGUGUGUGUGCUCAGUGUGCAUUCAUGUCUGUGCAUUCUUUUUUCCAAAAAGAGGACAUGUGGUUAGGAGUCAUGUGAUCUUAGUGGUGUGCCGCUAACUACAUUGCCGGUGUAAUGUUCAGUAAUGUUCAGUUCUGAGGGUUGUGUUACCCACUCAGCCAUUUCAGUAAAGAUGUCUAGGUGUGCCCUCAAGAUUCUGCACCGUUUACUUGUUUACACUCUUAUAGACCUAUUGGCAAGAGAAAGGGAGUGAUGACCUACAUACUGUACCUACAACCUCUAAACCAGUAGUCAUGUGGCUUAUGGGCUAAAUGAGGGCUAAAUAGAGGAUGCAUCCAGCUGAUUGUCAUUUACUGGGGAGGCUGUUAUAGCCACUAGACAAACAUUGUCCUGUAUUUUUGACAGCUUUUAAAGCCCUAUAUUAACCCAUUUUCAUAACCCAUGAUCCCAUUCUGUAAUAGUUUAGCAUCACUACAGUUGCUGUACAGCCACCAUUUGAUGUGCAUAAUCAUAAUGGACUAUAUGUCAAUCCAUGAUUCACAAUAAAAUAUGUUUAAAUGUGAUUGAUAGUGAAAACCAGUCGGAGAGAGACCUAUCAGACACGUUCUUUAAAUGCCCAUCAGCUAAGAUAUUUAAGGCAAGUGUAAUAUCCCGCUGUAUAAUGAUUACAGGGAUCGUCUGUUUAUUAAAAAAUGUUAAAUCUAAAGAUGGAUUGCCAAAAAGGAAUGUAUGAAGUGUUGAGCAGGCAAAAUAGUUUAUAUUUUAUUAUGCAUCCAAAGUUAUGCAUUAUGUUGUGCAUCCAUUUGUUAAAAGGUGUUAAAGUCAUAAUACCAAAUCAUUCAUUUGUGAAUGCGUGUAUGUUUAUGUUGUUGCAUUUUUGUACUUUUUCCAUUUGUAGAUAAUUUCUAAAUGUUUAUACUUGAUUUUCAGACUGCCUUUUUAGUGCUUUAAGAUGUAUUCUUACUGUAAACAGUGCAAGCAUUCUCCAUGGUGUCCUCAAGAUAAGAUGUUUAAGUCUGUGGUUAUGUGCUUGCUCUGUGAAUCAAAGAGAAAAAGAUAGAAGUCAUUGGACAAUAUUUAUGGUGAUCAAAUAUUGUGUGCAUGUGC